CGAGUACUCCACGCAGAUCUCGCCAAGUGCCAAGGUUCGCAGCUGGAGCAUUGCUGACGCUGCUCAUGCCGAUGGCCCGGUGAAUGCUUGGAAUCAUGCUUUGUCGUCCUCGUUGGUCGAUUCUCAUGUACGGAUAUUAAGAGCAGCUCUGCAACCUGUGCUUGACCAUCUUUCAACUCUGAUCUAAACGCCGAAUUUUCUCUCCAACCGUAAGGUUUUCUUCUCGCCGUUCAUCGAACCCAGCAGAGGUCGCCUUCAAAAGGCAAGCUUUACGCAAAUGGCGAGCAUACAUAGUGGCCUUCAGGUCGUUCCAACACCAGAUUACUCUCUACCGCAACCUGAGGACCCAGACCGAUUGCUGCCAGAGUUUGACAAGCACCACAAUUUUCAAUAUACGCCGGUUUCUAGCCGAAUCUGGAGUGAAUCUGAUUACCCGGUCAAACAAUCACCACCACUACAAGCUCGUAUCUUCGGCAUGACGCCGCUGGUAUGGACUAUCCUUGUCGCUUCAAUCACAGCCAUGAUCGUCGGCGCCGCAGUGGGAGCCGGUUUGGGAACUCGGCUUCAUGAGGUCCCCGAUCACUGCGACAAAUCACCGUUGCCAUUGUCUGAGGUUGAUACAGCUGGUCUGUUGCUAAACUACACUGUCGCCAGGCCGCAAGAGAUCUACAACGUGACCGAUCCCUGCACCGCAGCGCGCACCGGACAAUUCAUCGCAGCCAAUGGUGGCGCAUGGACCACGGAUUGUGAUAAAGGCUGGACAGGCGGAGACGUGGCCAACAUCUGGGCGUAUGCAUACGAGGAGUGUAUCAACGCCUGCGCAAGCAUCAAUUACCGACUCAAGUCGAACAAUAGAUGUAUAAGAAUCCAGUGGGUCAAGAAUUUCGCGAGUGCACCCAUGUUCGGAAAUUGCUUUCUCAAAGACAACCACUCGACACCCAUCACAAACGAUCAAGGUUGGAUUUCGGCGCAAUUGAAUUGAAUCGGGUAUUGGGUAUGGAACCGAUCGUGUUGAUGGGCGAUGAAUGGGGUUAUGUGAUGAUAAUUAAUGAUUCAAUAGAUGAGAUAUUUGAAGAACGCAUAGUGAAUAUAUUCUUG